UGUCUAAUUGGCCAUCUGACCUCCUGGUGUUUACCUGGCCAUCUGACCUACUGGUGUUUACCUGGCCAUCUGACCUCAUGGUGUUUACCUGGCCACCUGACCUCCUUAUGUUUACCUGGCCAUCUGACCUCAUAGUGCUUACCUGGCCAUCUGACCUCCUGGUGUUUAACUGGCCAUCUGACCUCCUGGUGUUUAUCUGGCCAUCUGACUUCCUGGUGUUUAACUGGCCAUCUGACCUCCUGGUGUUUAACUGGCCAUCUGACCUCCUGGUGUUUACCUGGCCAUCUGACCUCCUGGUGUUUAAAUGGCCAUCUGACCUCCUGGUGUUUACCUGGCCAUCUGACCUCCUGGUGUUUAAUUGGCCAUCUGACCUUCUGGUGUUUAACUGGCCAUCUGACCUCCUGGUGUCUAACUGGCCAUCUGACCUCCUAGUGUCUAAUUGGCCAUCUGACCUCCUGGUGUUUACCUGGCCAUCUGACCUACUGGUGUUUACCUGGCCAUCUGACCUCAUGGUGUUUACCUGGCCACCUGACCUCCUUAUGUUUACCUGGCCAUCUGACCUCAUAGUGCUUACCUGGCCAUCUGACCUCCUGGUGUUUAACUGGCCAUCUGACCUCCUAGUGUUUACCUGGCCAUCUGACUUCCUGGUGUUUAACUGGCCAUCUGACCUCCUGGUGUUUAACUGGCCAUCUGACCUCCUGGUGUUUACCUGGCCAUCUAACCUCCUGGUGUUUAACUGGCCAUCUGACCUCCUGGUGUUUAACUGGCCAUCUGACCUCCUGGUGUUUAACUGA